AUGAUCUCGACACUGGCACUUGCUCUCCAACUGCUCAUCACGCUCCGAACCAUAUCCGCUAGCCCUCUACCUCAUCACCACAAGCAUGCAAAACGCGUCACAAAAGGCCAAGAUGUCGGCAGUGGUUUCGCAAUAGCAAUAUGCGUCGUCAUCCUCGCUGGUGUCUUCUACUAUCUCGGAAUGCGUCACGAGCGCACAAGACUGUGGUUUAGCCGGCGUAGUUCUUCCGCUACAUCCACGCCCGUCGAAAAUGACAGCACGACUCCGGAGGGACAUGGAAUGAAAACACGGAUAAGCUGUCCGCUUGCAGUAUCCUCUUCAGCGCCCAUCAAGCCCUGCGAUAGCCCGGUCGAAGCGCCAACACAAAGCCUGAGAUAUUUCGAACUACCCAUCAAAGAGAUACACGAGAUGGGCCAACCGAGCCCAAGGAAACCCCCGCCACGAGCAAGCUGGCUGUCACUCGAUCGAAAGCCAUGGUGGCUGCGGUAUCCCGAUGAUGAGGAACAGAAACGCAGUGCUAGAACGAGCAGGAGCAAGAGCAUGCGCAGUUGGUUCAAAAGCGAUAGAAGCACGGAAAACGUGCAGGUGGAAGUGCCGAGUCCAUCUCCUGUUCAGGUCGAGGUUAUUCGUGUGGGUGCUGACAGCAUGAAAGAGGACGACAAGGAGCGGAGAAGCGACGGAAGUACGCUUAUGGACUGGGCUGGUUUGGACUAUGUGCGCAGAAUUUACGUAGGGCGUAAAAGCAGAGUUGGACUGUAA